UCGGUGUAGGCACCGUGUAAACUUUGUAGAGUGUGUAUAUUAUAGGUUGUAUGGGUAUCGCGUUACAUUUUAGUUUCGUUUUCGUCUCUCGUGUGUUGUUGCGUAUACGCGGAAUGCCCGUGUGUUGUUGCCUCGAAGAUGGCGGACGUGUUGCAGGCAUCAGCGGCUCCCCCAGCUUCUUCAUCUUCUGAUGCUCAACCCCCAGGACUGUAGCAGACAUCAUCAUCCUUCCAUCCCCGACAGUGUCUCUUUCCCUCAGCGCCAGCUGACGACUGACUUGACUCCACCUCUUUUGCUUCAAGGCCGCCGUCGUCUAAUCUAAUCUCUCUCUCUCUUUCUCUUUCGGAUCUGUGCACACAUAUACUGCGAGGGAAAAGGAAACUUGCGGACUGAAUUAGUGCAUACUCGAAACGAGAGGGAAAGUGUUGUGUGUCUGCUGUAUUUACGUUUACGCGCGCACGAGAGUCUGCGGGCUUCUUCUCGGAAGUGCUGUAACACACAUUUACCGCAGUCACUUAUAAAGAAUAUACACAUCAACGAGAGGAGGCGGCCACUGCCUUCUUUUUUCCUUCUCCUUCUUCACCUUCGUUUCUCCUUUCUUCUUCUUCUUCUUUUUCUAUUCGUUCUCUUCGUCGUCGCCCAGUUCACCCUUGAAGGAUGCCCCCCCCCUCUCUCCUCUCACCCCGCCUGGACGACUAAGCUGUAGUAGUAAUUAGGAGAGAGAGAGGUUUUUUUGCAAGUGCGCGUACCAGCGGUGUUUCUUCUCCCAAAGUCGUCUCCUGGGUAUAGAGUCAGACGACUCUUGUGUGUUCAUAGCUGACGAGGAGUUCAUCGACGUCGACCUGUAGAUUCACGAGAGAGACUAUCAUGGGGCGCAACAGCUUGAUGCCCGGGAGGAGCAGCGUCUGAUAUGGAGCCUAGUUACACUGAGAUUGUAGCGGAUAGGCUCUAGUCAAAUCUUCAACACAGUAAGACAAUGCCAUUCAUAGCAAAAGAAGAUAAGAUGACAGAGUCUGAGGAUAGCUUGAUAUCACCAGACAGUACAACAAGGGAACGUUGUGGAUUUGUACCUGGAGACGAUGUUCUUCUCCAUAAACACGAUGGAAAGUUUUAUCUGGGAACAGUUGUACAGGUUGAUGUUACAAGUGAAAAGUGUUACAUCAAAUUUUUGGAUGGCUCCGACGAUUGGUCGCCAGUGAAAGAUCUGACAAAACUUAAUACCAAUUCGGACGUCUGUGUUGUGUGUAAGAAUUCGCAGCCUGUUGAAGUUGUUGCUUGUGAUGACUGUGGCCGCAAAUAUCAUCAGUUUUGCCACGAUCCGUACAUCGAAAAUGAGUACACACUUCCCAGUGCAAUGUGGCAUUGUAAAAAGUGCAAGACCACAAAUCCUGUUUCACCGAGUAAGGCGAUUUCUGAGCCCAGAUUAGACACCAAAACUAUUACAGAAUCCAAAACUCAAUCAGAGCCCAGAAACUUCCUAGAGGUAAAACCUCAUAAAGAAGUCAAAAAGUCUAUGGUUAAAGAGAGUAUAAGGAAACUUUGCAGUGGUAGAGAUCAACGAUUACCUCUACCAGAUGACAGAACAAAGUUACCUUAUGACCCUGAUAGGUUGAACUGGGAUGCGCAUCACAGAGUGAAUGACGAGCAAAUAUAUUGUUAUUGCGGUCUAAAUGGUGAAUGGUAUACACAAAUGUUGCAAUGUGCUCGUUGUAGACAGUGGUUUCACGAAAAGUGUAUCGGUUGUUUAUCUUAUCCACUUUACAGUGGUGAUCGAUUUUACGUGUUCGUCUGUUCAAUGUGCAAUUACGGAAAAGAAUUUGUGCGGCGACUAGAAUUGAAGUGGGUUGAUCUUGUGCACUUGAUGUUGUACAACCUUACAGUGUAUAACGCCAAGAAGUACUACGAUUUUGACACUGUAAUUAUUCCUUAUGCAAACGAUAAUUGGCAAACAUUACAGUUACCUCCGAGAAUUCGUGACGUUAGUGAAAGGAUCCGUAAAGAAUCCAUCCUUGCAGUUCUAGCCACCAAUAGAUCUAGGUUUAAAUGCGGUCGAGAAAUAAAAAAGCGCACCACUAUUUGGGGCCUGAGGCAAAGACUCCCACCACCAAGUCCACAGGUUAAUCUUCCCCCUUCCGGCAUUGUUGAUGACACUGUACUGAAUCAAUGCUGCUGUUCUGGCAAAAGACUGCAAUUUCUGACACCGGCUACUGGAGCUUUGGCAUCACCAGAAAGUACAAAACAAUUGCAAAAUUUGAAUCAGAGGUUGGCAGAAAGUUUAGAGAUACCUGUCAAUCCAUCAGAUGUUAUGCGAGGUACAAUCUAUCAAAAUUCAGAAGUGGACCCAAACUCCAACCCCAGUCUGGCGAAUCCGUUAUCUCAAUCUCUAAAAGACAGAUACAGUGGUGGCGGCUUUGUGAAAAAAUCGGUGCCAUUUCCUAAACUGAGUCUGCAGAGACGACGACGUCUUCAGUCCCGCGAGCGAUUGCUGCGUAAGCAAAAAAAGCGCGACAAAUUGAUCACGGAGGUUACAAGCUGUGACGGAAUUAGAGAGGCCAGGUAUCGCCAGGCCCGGAAGCUAUUGAAAAACGCCAUAAAAAUCGGCAAGUGCCAGCUACCCAAAGAAAACCCAGACCUGCCACCCACGCCGCCAACCUCGGUCUCGAGCCCACCGACACCUCCAGCGACGUCGUCCGGUAUGUCAGAGCUAUCGGUACCCGAUAACUCGAGCUCUAUCGACCUGAUGAAUCCGCUAGCAACACCAUCGACGCCCGCGGACACGAGCGGUGACGAGACGAGCUCACGCGGCACCCUUGACUCUUUUAUCCCACCGCCCAAGGAUUUCGAGGGCAAGAACCAUCCGUUCCGUAAUCUGCUUGGCGAGCUUCUGGGCAUACCCUUGUCCACCAACAUGUGCGAUUCGAACUGCAACAACAGCAUCUACAAUGUGCCGAUAACGCUGCCCUUGCCCUUGACGCCUGUUAUAACAGAGCCACCACCGAUGCGACCGACAAAGCGACAGCUGUCUGAGAAAGACAUCAUCAUCGAUAGGAACGGCCAAGUGAAGCGUAGAAGGCAGCACAGGCGCGGUCGACCUCCACAGUCCCAAGCACUGGGCUACCAACCAACGGCUAGCAAAACAGCCACGUACCAGCCAGCUCGGAGUACCGAGGUGAAAAACGGCGAAUACGCGCGCACCUUGCGUAGUUCCUUCAACAACGCGCAGCAUCCGCAAAUCGGCAAGUACAUGGAUUACGCGCUGAAUGGGCGAAAGCUGCGCCAACGAAAUGCGAGCGCUGACAAGCUGCAGCCACCUCCGAUCUUUCCAGAGACAAGUAACGCUACAAACAAGCAGUGCUCGCCGGUUAAGCAAAACCCACCGGAAAUACCGGGUCAAGACCUCAAAUCUUCGGUAACUACUUAUUUCAGUGCGGCGAAUCGUGUUGCCUCCGGCGAGAAGUACUCUAUUAAAGCCAUGAGGACAUUACCCAACGGUAAAGUAGAAUAUAUGUUAGAUUGGUCUACAUAACGGAUUCAAUAAAGCGUGUAUGUUUGGACUGUUGCUGCUCUCACUUUAAACUACAUUUUUUUUUUUUUUUGUACCAAAACUCGAAUUUUUUGACAAUCAGCAUUUUACGCUCGGUGAGUAGUGGUUUUUCUUUUUCUUUUAUUUGCGUGCAUUGCGACUUUACGUAAGGACUGUAAAUUAUUCUUGCAAAAAUGUAUGAUUACCGUUGAGUAAAGUACGUUGUGUUUUUUCUUCUUUUUUUGCAGUUAAAUUUUUACCGAACAAAACAAUUGUCAGAACAAAACUCGGAAAAAAGACAAAAAGUUAAAUAUCAGUACAUGCAUUUGUUAUUUUCCAACUGUAUUUUUUAUUGAACAAUUUACAAUCAUAAGCAAUGCAUUAGUUUUUCUAAAUAUAAUUUUACAGAACAAUUUCGUCGCUAGUCGGUAACUAUGCUCAAGUUUGAAAAUACUAACCCAGCGCGUAAGAAUUGCAAAUUAUUUUAUAUUUCAAUCAUUGAAUUACGUGCAUGUAUACCGUCCACGUUUAAACAUCAGUAUGGAAAACAAAUAUUUCUAAAAGAUUUCUGGAAAUCCGAACACACUCACACAAGUCCUACUCGGCUCACACUUAACAUAAAUAUUUCGUACUGCAUACUUAUUUAAUGUUAUUUGCAGACAAGUAAUUUUAGCGAAAAGAAAGUCGGUACAAGCUGCGUAAGCGUUGAAAUUGGGCGACUUUCGUAAACGAAAGUCAGUAAAACUAAUAAUCGGUAUAAUUAAAGAAUAAAUAAACCGAUUGUUCCUCGAUAAAAAUAAACAGGCGUAAUGAUUAAUGAAUACGAGUAGAGAAUUGAUCUAGAUCUGCGGAAAAUUAUUUUUCGAUACAAAGCUAGUCUUGAAUGUCGGUCGUCAAUCCCAUACAAUACGUCAUUACCAACUACUCCAAUUGUUCCCUCAGCCCAACUUGAAUGUAAUUACAUGUUUUUUGAAUAUUACUAUUGAAACAGAACCAAAAAAUUAUUAUUCACAUUGUCUGUACAAAAAUUUACAUAAAAUUUUUUCACCUAAUUCAUCCAUAAAAAUCUUUGUAAGAAUUAAUAGUAAGUAUUCGUACGGCAUGUUUUCAUAAUAAUUCGGAAAACAAUCGAUGUAUGGAUGAGCUUAUUACGUAAUUCUUCUAGGUUUUUAAAAGUCUUUUUACAUCACAAAUUUUUACAAUUUUGUACGAAAAAAUUGUGUAGUCUCGUCAAUUUUAUUAAUAAACAUACCGUCACUUUGAUCUUAGAGUAACUCAAAGGACAAAUCCAAAGUAUUUUAGGUCGACUGCGUACGAACAAGACAAAAAAAUACUUCUAUCGUUUAUGUUCAUCAACUCCUUUCUCACGAUCCUAAUAAAAAACAUAUAUUUUUUUAAGUUUCUGUAUAAAAAACGUAAUCAGCGAUGGUCUCAAUGUUUUUACUAAUUACUUAUUGCUCAAACGCUUCUUUUUCCCAGCCAUGAAAAACAAUUAGUCGUGGUAUAAAAUUAUUUUACGUACAAGCAAUGUGUGCAAUCGCAAUUAAAUUGCGAAAAAAUUGAUAAAGACAAUGUCCCGUCAACUAGAACAAGGAAAGUAAGUAUACUAUGAUUAAGUUACAAUACACUGCCAAACAUAUUUUACGAUUAAAUGAAUGAGGAUGUAUGAAGUGAUGUGUAUCAAUACUAAACUUAUUAUUUCAUUCGUAAGUAGUUUCUAAAAUUUUUACUACCGUUUAAACAAGUUUUUUGUACCUAAGAGAGAAAAAUCCGAGUGAAAUGUAGAGAGUAAACCAGCUUAACAAAACUUUGUUAACUUUUGUAAGUAUAUCGUGUCGAACAAAGUAAUCUAAUUUGGAUCGCGAAUAAAUAUCGUAAACUUGAUAUUAAUAAGAAAAAAAAUUUUUAAAUAUUCCGGUUUGGUGAUGAGUUUUGAAAAUUCGGAACCUAAAGCUCUUUAUAAGAUUGGCUCAUUUGAUGAUUCCUAGUUAAAGUAUAAGACGUUUUUAAAGUUACGUGGAUUCUAGCAAUCAUUUGUUUGAAUAAUAAAUCGAAUAAAUUUGGUACAAAAUUUUAAAUCACAAAACACAGCCGAGAGAAAAUUAUUUAAAUUCUUCAAAUGGUCUUUUCUGCGUAUGUUUAAGACUAAAUUGUAAAUUUAUCGAUGUUUUCGCCGAAGUUUGUAGAAAAAAAAAUAAUUGUAUAUUUUUCAUAAACAACAAGAUGUAUAUUUUUAUUAUAUUUUCAAAGUACUUCUGAAAGCACUAAUCAAUUUUUGAGGGUUGUUCUCUCGGCUGAAACUAACGAAAAUUGAAAUUAGCCAUGUGUAAUUUAAUGAGAAAUUAUAGAGCUUAGGCCUUGAUUAUUAGGUAGUACAUUUUAAAAAAUUCCAAAGGCUGUCGAGAGCGGUUUGCAUAGUGUAUAACGAGAAAAAAAAUAUUAUGUGGUCGUACUUGGGCAAUACACAUUUUUUUGUCUCAUAACGAUCACAUA